AUGUCAUCACCGUGGAAUGCGAAUACAGAUUAUUAUGAGAUUCUAGGAGUUGAAGAAAACGCAAAAUUAGACAGUAUAAAGCAAGCCUAUAACGAAAGAACCACUAAACUACUCAAAUUAAUGACAAGCGCUAAUCAAUCUGAAACUAAACACUUAUUACACUUAAUUGAGCAUGCAUAUUCUAUACUUUCUGAUAGUAGGGAACGUGAUUGGUAUAAUUCUCAUCGAGUUUACAAUUUUAACGGAAUCAAAGAUUUACUUCAAACUAAAGUUGAUAUAUUCAGAUUGUUUAAAGCUGACGCAUAUGAUGGAUAUGGUAAUGAUCCCAAUGGCUUCUAUGCUGUAUUUGACAAUGCAUUUUCAACAAUUGCUACUGAAGAAGGCAUUUCAGCUCCAUCUUUUGGAAUAUCUAUUACACCAUAUGAGGAUGUUGAUAAGUUCUAUGCUUUUUGGACAUGCUUUAACACAAAGCGAAAUUUAACUUUACAAUGUUUGACUGCGCAGAAUGAUGCAGAAACAACAUGGGCAACAUUUCAGAACGUACUAAGAGAAUUUAUCGCAACUGUUCGCUAUUUAGCGACAUUUGCAAGAAAAAGAGAUCCAAGAGUUAUAAAUGAAAUUAAAAAACGUCAAGAAUUACCCAGAAACUCCAGUAUUACAGUCCAACAGCCUGUAUCUACUGAGGGGCAGCAAGAAAACAACGAAAGCGAGUUAGAUGUUCAAAAAGAAAUGAAGCUCAAAGAAUUUUUAUUAGAAUACGCAGCUAUACAGAUCAAACAUUCGAAGGUUGUAGAUUUAAAUAAAAUUACGGAAAAAGUUAAAAAUUCGCCUUACAAAGCUUACACUUUUCUUCGUUGUAUUAACGAAAAUAAGAAUAUUUCUUCCAAAGGACUCCAAGGAUUUAAAGAAUCAAUCAAAUUUUUCGGGGAAUCCGAUCUUCAAAUUCCGAUGAAAAUUUACAAAGCUGAUAACCAAGAAUCACCACGCCAAUUUGUCCAUUUCAAGAUAAAUCGCAAUCCUAACUGCAUAGAUCAGUUCUGCCAAAAGCUUGGAAACUCAAUUUCCCCACUCGAUGUCAUAACCGCUGCCCAUCGUCUUCAAAAGAUCGACAAUGAGGAGAAAGAUGAAUAUCUUAAGUAUUUAGACUACAGGAGCAAGGAUACACAGAUCCGAGUCUAUUCUUUCAUCUCAAAUCCAUUGACACAUGGCCAUUUAAUAAAAAACAUGAAAACUAUUGGUUCAUACGCGAAACAGUAUCAUCCAAUAGGCAUGGCUCCGUCGUCAUUCUGCGACGAAAUGGCCAAAUCAGUAUUGAACAACAGCUACAUAACAGUUGACCAGUCAACAAACGAAAAAGAUGGUAAAAAAGUUCAUAUCAUCAAUCAAGUAUCAACACAACUUGAAGUCGUAGAAGAUGACCAUGCAGACUUCGAUGUGAAAUGCACGAGAAAUGAGAAUGUUAUCAAAAGACUCAAUGAAUACGGAGAAUCGUAUUUUUACACAUCUCCUGAUUUCACGAAAGAAUUGAUUGAAACGUUUGGGCCAAAAGGAUGUUUGAUAACUAAAUUCUGCAAGAUCAAUUGGGAUAUAUCAUUCAAGUUCUUGUUGAAGUUUUUAGUCAAAAGAUACAAAAGAUUACAAAUUGGAAGACUUCUUUCGAAACCAGAAUGGUCAAGAACUCUUGAAACUUAUCUUCCUGUUUCAAGGGCAAGUUUCUCUAAGAUUCCAAACAAGCUUGUUGACUAUCACAGGUUCUCUUUCAUUCCUUUACCAUUGAAGUUUAAUGUUGAGAAUGUAGCUUAUUUGGUUGAUUUGUUUGAGCGUUUUUAUGCAUCAUAUUUGUUUAUCAAAGAAACGAUGUGUGAAAAGGAAGUUUUCACAAACGCUGUUGCUGUUUUGAGAUCAAAUGAUGUUGUUUAUAACAUGACGUAUUCCGAAGCACAGUUAGUUACAUCUCUUGCAAUUCUUGCAAAGAGAAUGGACAACAUCAGAUCGACAUCAAAUGAAACAAGCAAAUCCAGAAAACUUGCAAUCGAAAUCGGAAUAACUGAUAAUCAAAUGAAUACUGCAACAAGAGUUAAUGAAAUGAUCCAUGAAUUGAUCAUCAACAGGAAACUCCAGAUCAAACAAGCUGUUCCACAAAUCGCUGGUUUGUUGGAUGAAGUCAACAACAAAGCUGUGAAAGAAAUGUUGACAAUUGUUUUGAUCUGCAUCAGAGCAAUGAAAUUCGUUUCUGCAAAUAAAAGCAAAGAAGGAGAAAUUGUUCAGAUGAGUUGCAAUGAUGGAUUGCUCAGAAUGUGGAUCAAAGGAUCCAAUGGAUAUUUCCCAACUUGCGCUGUAGAUUUGGAAAGAUACAAAUCAACAAAAGGUAUCUUGGAUAUUUAA